CUUCUCUUCGUUUGCCUGAGAAGAGAUCAUUUCUUCGUUGUUCAAGCUGUUCGUCUUCUAACGAAGGAAACCAUCCAAGCCAGAAUGGCGUUGUCGGUAACAGAUCUAAACGACUCGCUUCUAUAUCUUGAAAAGUCUUUCCUUGCAAUUGUGGCUAUCGACUUUGGCACAACUUACAGCGGUUUCGCCUUCUCAUUCAACAAGGAACAAGGUGAUGAUGACUCGAUUUUUAUGAAUAGAGACUGGGUGAAUGAACAAGGCCAUCGAACAAGCAAGACACCCACAUGCCUGUUACUUAAACCAGACCAGUCAUUCGACUCAUUUGGAUACAAAGCGGUAGAGAAGUACACAAAUCUGAAGAGCCUCUCUGAAGAAAAAGAAUACUUCUUUUUUCAGCAUUUUAAGAUGUUUUUACACAAUGACGAGAGCUUGAACUUGGACACAAAGAUUCCAGCGGCCAAUGGAAAACUUCUUCAGGCCAAAUCAGUGUUUGCACAUUCCAUCAAGUUUCUUAAAGACGAAGCCGUCAAAGUAAUUCAGCAAGAGACUGGAGAUGAUGGAUAUAAUGUGCAUGAUAUCCAGUGGGUUUUAACUGUUCCCGCCAUAUGGACCCCAAGAGCUAAACAGUUUAUGAGAGAAGCAGCUUAUGAGGCUGGGAUUGGAUCACGUGACAGUCCGGAGCAGCUAUUGAUUGCUUUAGAACCAGAAGCAGCCUCACUGUUCUGCACAGCAAAGAAACUGAAUCAGCCGGGCUCUGUUCCCGUGGAAGCAGGACUGUCUCAGCCAAAUACACACUAUAUGAUUGUCGACAUUGGAGGUGGUACGCUAGACGUAACGGUACAUGAAAAGCAAGAUGAUGGUACCAUAAAGGAAAUUUACAAAGUAACCGGCGGGCCUUAUGGUGGCAUGAAGGUGAAUCAUCAGUUCGAGGGUCUCUUGAACCAAGUUUUUGGCGAUCAGAAGCUCUAUGAUUACCGCGGACAGUUCCCCUCUGAUUGGCUUAAACUGAUGAAUGAUUUCGAAGCAAAGAAACGAGGCGUCCGGGCCAUUCAAAACAAAGAAACAAGAAUUCGCUUGCCACGUAGUUUUGUCUCCUGGAUCAACGAUUAUUUAACAGCGGCGUUGAGGCGCCAUGGAGCUGGCGAAGUCAAAAUACUCCACGAUGAGUAUCUGUGCUUGAGUUCCAGAGUUAUGGUGAAGCUUUUUGAGCCUGUUUUGGAAGCAAUGAAAGACCAUUUGAAAGAACUUCUCGGUAAGCCACAGCUUUCAAAAGUCAAAGUGAUGCUACUGGUUGGAGGAUUCGCCAAUUCUCUUCUUCUCCAGGAUGAAAUCAAGAGAGUGUUUUCCACACGGUGUCGUGUGGUGGUGCCUCCUGAUGCCAGUAUAGCCGUUGUCCAGGGUGCUGUUCUAUUCGGCAAAAGGCCAGAGACGAUAACCCAAAGAGUCCUCAGCAAGACUUAUGGUGCUGACUGCUGUCGAGAUUUCAUCAAGGGAGUUCAUCCGGAAGGAAAGAAGUUCGUGGCAAAUGGAAAGGAGCUGUGCAGUGAUGUGUUCAACAGCUUUGUGAAAGAAAAUGAAGUCGUUAAACUGGGACAGAGGAUUACAAGUAUGUAUCGACCACUGUACCCAGACGAAAAGCAAAUUAAAUAUUCCUUCUACGCUGCGAGCAAUCCCAGUGCAGUGCUGGUCACCGAGACUGGUGUCAAGAGGAUUGGAAGUGUUGUGGUGCAAUCUCCUGAAACUUGGCGAGGCCUGAAUAGAGAAUUAGAAGUCAGCAUGUAUUUUGGUGGAACAGAAAUAACAGCCACUGCCAGAGAUAUUUCAAGUGGAAACACAGCAAAAACAACUCUUGACUUCUUCCACGUUAAGUAACAAUGAUCUGAUUGUCACCUAUAACUUGGUGUAAGUUUAACUAAUAUCACAAAUUUAUUGCGCGACUAAUUUUAUUGUAGAGAUAGCUUUUAAACGCUAACUAAAAUUUAGUUAUUUCGAACAAGGUGGCAUUAAAAAUUUUCACGUUUCAUCAUACAGUAGUAUGAAAGAAACAUACAAAUCUUAUUAUAGAGAUCACGACUCGAACGAAUAAGAGUCACCAUACUACUACGUUGGUAAGAUCAUUCAAAGAGAUUCGAU